CUCCGAACUAUAUUUCACUCGGACCUAUAUCCUGUAUGUUCUUUGGCUGUUUAGAGGGUGGUUCUACGCAUUGAAGUGUCAAAAUAUCAAAUUCGCAAAAUUGAACACGAUUUUUCGUAACUGUAAACCCAUACUCAAACUGUGAUCGUUGAUUAAGAUAGUGAUUUUCAAAGCCAGAACAGGGGUGUAAGAUGGCACAGCGGGCGGGAGCACAACGCCCAAAUGGGGCGGCACAAGGGAAAAUAUGCCAGUUUAAACUUGUCUUGUUGGGAGAGUCAGCAGUGGGGAAGUCAAGUCUUGUUCUCAGAUUUGUGAAAGGACAGUUUCAUGAGUAUCAAGAGAGUACAAUAGGAGCGGCAUUCCUUACACAGACAGUGUGUCUAGACGACACAACAGUCAAGUUUGAAAUCUGGGACACAGCAGGCCAGGAGCGGUACCACAGUUUGGCACCCAUGUACUACAGAGGAGCCCAGGCUGCUAUAGUUGUAUAUGACAUCACAAACCAGGACACAUUCGGGAGAGCAAAGACAUGGGUAAAAGAGUUACAGCGACAAGCCAGCCCCAAUAUAGUGAUAGCCCUGGCUGGCAACAAGGCAGAUUUGGCCAAUAAACGCAUGGUAGAGUAUGAUGAAGCUCAAGCGUAUGCAGAAGAGAACAGUUUGUUAUUUAUGGAAACUUCAGCAAAAACUGCCAUGAACGUCAACGAUAUAUUCCUGGCAAUAGCUAAAAAGUUGCCAAAAAGUGAAAGUGGCAGUCAACAAGGUGGCAGACCACAGCCAGGAGUGAGAUUAAAUGAACAGAACCAGUCAGAAGGUGGGGGUUGCUGUAAGUAAACUGUGAUCUGAUUGGCUGAACUUUGGGUCAUGUGAUCAAAUUGGUCCAAUCAUACAAACUGUAACAUUAUAGUGGAAGGGAAGUGGAUACUUGACAGACUGGGAAGGAGUUUCUGCUGCUGAUGGAAAACAGAGGGAAAUUCAGCAGAUUUUAGAAUUUCUAACAGUGAGAGAUCUUGUUUUUCUUGCUGUUCACACAUUGUCAUUUGUUUUUUCCACUUCAUUUCAUACCAGUUGACAAAGCAGAAAUAUUAUAAAUUCAUGUAGAGCUUUUGCGUGUUCCACAUUUUUCUUACAAUUGUGAGCAUGAUGCAGAAUACUUAUACUUAAGUGUUUGUUUAAAAGUGUAACUUAUACUUAAGUGUUUGUUUAAAAAUGUAACUUAUACUUAAGUGUUUGUUUAAAAAUGUAACCGAAAAUUAUUUUAAUGCAUUACGUAUCCUGCUGUGGCUUAUAAGCGAGGGAUGAUGAAAUUUAGGAUUAUUCCUGAAACAGGAUUAAGAGCUUGCAAUUUAAGACUGUUGAAGAGUUAAAAGGUUUGUUUUUUACUGGGCAUUUUCAUUAAAAAUAGUAUGAAGUACCUUGAAAUGGAUAUAAAUAGAUAUGAAACUAAUUUUACCAGGGACUCUUAGUCCUUAAUCCCUGCUUAGGACAUGAAUGCCUCAUACUAAGUUUUCAGAAUGGGGAUUUUCGAUCUGUUACCAUCCCUGUGAUAUUAAUAAUGAGAAUCCGUUAAGAUAUUCAUCAUGUAACAUCUCUCUGCAUUUCUUCAUUCUUAAGUGUUGUUCGAUGCACCAUAACAUUUUAUCUCUAUUAACUAUUAAUAUCACACAAGCACAUGAAUACAUGAAGUUAUGAUGCGCAUGGAAUCAGAUGUACAAAAGUCAUGUUAGACUAAACUUUCCUAUGCCGGAUAUGGGGGAUUUUGUUUCUAAAUUUCUUAAUUGAAAAUCUUGUGAAAGGUACAUGCUUAGCUCUUUCUUUCAAUGUACGGUAUAUAUUACACAGAAUAACCCUGUCACCAUUUAGAAUAAGAAUAAAAAAACGAUGUUA